AUGAGGAAAGUAAUUUCUAUAGAUGGGACAUUCUUGAUUGGAAGAUAUGGUGGUGUACUUAUCUCAUCAUGUGCACAAGAUGGUAAUCAUCAUAUUUUUCCAAUUGCAUUUGCUAUUGUUGACUCGGAGAAUGAUAACUCAUGGAUGUAUUUUUUCAUGAAGCUUGCUGAAUGUAUUCCUGAUGGUGAUGAUUUGAGCAUUUUAUCAGACAGACAUAUAAGCAUAAAGAAUGUUGUUGCUGAUGUGUACAAGCUUGCAUAUCACGGAUUUUGCAUGUAUCAUAUUACUAUGAAUUUGCGGUCCAAGUAUGGUGAUUGUGACAUUCUUUAUAAUUUUCAAGAAGCUUCAAAAGCAUACACAUUGGAUGAGUUCUCUGUUUAUUUUGAUGCAAUAAUGAAAUCAAAUGUGGAAGCUGGUUGGUAUCUUGAAAAUGAUAUUGGGUUUGAGAAAUGGGCGAGAGCCUAUUUUCCUGGAAAUAGAUAUAAUUUGAUGAUAACAAAUAUUUCAGAAUCACUCAACGCAGUUUUAAAGGUUCAAAGAAGCUGGCCUAUUGUUUCUGUACUCAAAGCUAUCCAAGAUAAUAUGACCAAGUGGUACGUUGAACGCAUUUGCAGAGCUCAAAAUAACAUUCAUUUCUUAACCCCUAAAGCUGAGGGGUUGGUUCGGGAUCAUUAUGUUUCCUCUUGUUUGCUAGCUCCUACCCGUUUAAACGAACAUGAGUUUCAUGUACGUGGUGAUAUAAAUUGUUUGGUUAAUUUGGAGCAUAAAACAUGUACUUGCAAGGUUUUUCAGAUGGAUAAACUCCCGUGUGAGCACGCGAUAGCAGUUUUGAAACUAACCCCAGGCCAAGACAUAUGGGAGGAGAUAUAUAAAUUGUGUGAUUCUAAGUACCUGAAUGAUAUGUGGAAAAAAGCUUGGGAUAGACCAGUUUAUCCUGUUCCUUAUCCAAAAACAUGGAUGAGACAAUCAGAGGAACAAAGAGUGGUUCCAUAA